AUGGACAAUGUGUCCUUCCAUCAUGCAGAGUUUGCUCAGAAAUGGAAAUUUGUGUUUCAUAGAAGAAUUUCUAGGGAGAGGGAACUGAGUGAAGAAGCUAUGGGUCUUCAAGAGAUCAUGGAUCAUCUGAAUCAAGCAGGUAGUACAAAGUACAAGAAGGUGUUUGUGAGAGGAAGAUGUGUGAACUUCUCUCCACAUGCUAUCAAUGAGAAUUUGGACAGAAGCUUUGAGGUUGUGAUUGAGGGGGAGCCAGAUCUCCAUCAAGUUGCUUGUACCCUCACUGGAAGGCUGGUGAAGAAAUGGCCCAAGAAGGUAUUACUACCCUCUGGACAACUCACUGCCAAGUAUGCUGUGCUGCACAAAAUUGGUGCUGCCAAUUGGAUGGCCACUAAUCAUACUUUAGAAGUUACUCCACAGUUGGCAAAACUGAUUUUCUUGGUGGGAACAGGAGCCAAGUUGGACUUUGGCACUCAUGUGUUUGAGCAGACUAUCAAGCAUGCUGAGUCUUUUGUUGUGAAGCUGCUUAUCCUGUUUCCCUGUCUUUUGACUGAGAUGAUUCUGCAACAACAUCCAAAUAUUCUAAGGGCUGAUGAGCCUCAAGGUAAGAAGCCUUUACCUCUUAACUUUGACUACCACUUGUUUGCUAGGACACAUGGUCUAGACAUUAUGCUGUCUGUUGCAAAGGGAAAUGCAAGUGCUAGUGGUUCCAAGAAAGUUUCCGCAUCCAUUAAGGAGGACAUUCUAGCUGAAUUAAUUAAGAUCUCGAAGACCCUACAUGACACCAUUCAAGCAAGCAAAGUGAGGAAGCACAAUGUGGAUAAGCUCAUCAGGAUGAUGAGUGAUGUUCCUACUGUAGAAGUCAAUGAAGUGGAUGAAAAUUAG